UAAAAAAAAGUCACAAAACCAUAGGACCCAACAACUUGUAUAAUUAUUAAACUUGUUGUAGUAAGCAUUUCAUUUCUUCAUAUUGCAAUGGUUUCCACCACCAUGACAACAACCUACGGCACAAUCCCAACACCACCAAAACUCGAAUACAUAGCACGCGGAAAACAAAGAAUCAAAGCUGGCUUAGGAACACGUCGAGCAUGGAAAACCAUGUUCGAUCUCCGAUCACUCGGCAUCCCCUCCAACAUCAUACCAGAAUCAAUUUCACGAAUUCGUGUGAACAUCUCUUACUUCCGCAUGAACUACACAAUGGUGCUGCUUCUUAUUCUGUUUCUGAGUCUUUUAUGGCACCCAAUUUCGCUCAUUGUUUUCGUUCUUCUAAUGGCGGCGUGGUUGUUUCUUUACUUUUUGCGUGACCAACCGGUGAUUCUGUGGGGUCGACUUGUUGAUGAUAGACUUGUGGUUGUUCUUAUGGCUUUUGUUACGGUUGCUCUGUUGCUUCUCACGCACGCUACUGUUAAUAUUGUUGUUGCUGUUUUUGUUGCUCUUCUGGUUGUGUUGGUGCAUGCUGUGUUUAGGAAGACAGAGGAUUUGUUGUUUGAGGAGGAAGAAGAAGUUAUUGUUUCUGUUGCUUCAUGAUUAUGUUCUCUUAUUUCAUUAUUAAUUCAUCGUGGUUUUUCAUUUUUGUUGUGUGUGGAUUUUAGUAAACUAAAAUAUGUUUAUUUUAUUUUAUUUUGGAGGGAUUGGGGGGUGUUUAAAAUGCAUCUGUGACAAGAAUGAAUGUAAAUGAGCUGAUCUAUUCGUGAAUAAUUUGAGUUUGGUCAACUUCGUUUGUUAAUAAACAAACAAAUUCAA